UCCCUGUAAGGGGCUGCGGGGCGGGGUCGGCGCUGGAAGUGCGCGCCCGGCGAGGACUCCGGAGCUGCGGCUGGGGAAUCGCUCCAGUGCUAGCGUUGGGCUGGCGCUGCGGAGUACCGAGGGGCAUCAGAGUCCAGGGAAGGUCUGGAGGGCUCGUCCCGCCCUUUUCGUGUCUCGGGUCGGCGGACCUUAGCCAGGCGACUCUUGUUGUCCUCAGGUCGCCGCCCCAUUCUUCAGAAGAGGAGCUGCUGCGGCAGGAUGCGCGGGGACGCGCCACCCCUGCUUCCCAGUUCUGCGGACGCUUUCCGGGCGACUCCGGGCUCUUGACGCCCCGAGGCGCGCUCGCCCUCCCACCUUCGCUGUCCGAGCCUCUCGGGGUGCCUUCGGCUCACCAUAGAACCCCAGACCUAACCCUCACCCGGGGGCCCCACCCAGACCCGCGCCUCUCGCCCUCUACACGGCGCGCACAAUAAAUUAAUGCUUCGCGCUUGAGGGGAGGCGGCGGCGGGCGCCGCGGUCGCUGCUCUCGCCUGACUGGAGACGCUUUCAGCCGACAUGGGCUGUUUCUGCGCCGUUCCGGAAGAAUUUUACUGCGAAGUUUUGCUCCUGGACGAGUCCAAGCUCACCCUCACCACCCAGCACCAGGGCAUCAAGAAGUCAACCAAAGGUUCCGUUGUCCUUGACCAUGUUUUCCGUCACGUAAACCUCGUGGAGAUAGAUUAUUUUGGUCUGCGAUACUGCGACAGAAGCCAUCAGACAUAUUGGCUGGAUCCCGCAAAAACUCUCGCAGAACACAAGGAACUAAUCAACACUGGACCUCCGUAUACUUUGUAUUUUGGUAUUAAAUUCUAUGCUGAAGAUCCAUGUAAGCUCAAAGAAGAGAUAACCAGAUAUCAGUUUUUCUUACAGGUGAAGCAAGAUGCCCUUCAGGGCCGUCUGCCUUGUCCUGUCAAUAUUGCCGCUCAGCUGGGAGCCUAUGCCAUCCAGGCCGAACUGGGAGACCACGACCCAUGUAAGCACACUGCGGGGUACGUGUCGGAGUACCGGUUUGUUCCUGAUCAGAAGGAAGAACUGGAAGAAGCUAUAGAAAGGAUUCAUAAGACUCUAAUGGGUCAGGCUCCUUCCGAAGCUGAGCUGAAUUACUUGAGGACUGCGAAAUCCCUGGAGAUGUACGGCGUUGACCUCCAUCCUGUCUAUGGAGAAAAUAAGUCCGAGUAUUUCUUAGGAUUGACUCCAGUGGGUGUUGUCGUCUAUAAGAAUAAAAAGCAAGUGGGGAAGUAUUUCUGGCCUCGGAUUACCAAGGUGCACUUCAAGGAAACCCAGUUUGAACUCAGAGUCUUGGGAAAAGACUGUAAUGAGACCUCGUUCUUUUUUGAAGCUCGGAGCAAAACUGCUUGCAAACACCUCUGGAAAUGCAGUGUGGAGCACCACACAUUUUUCAGGAUGCCGGAAACAGAGUCAAAUUCACUGUCAAGAAAACUCAGCAAGUUUGGGUCCAUAAGUUAUAAACACCGAUACAGUGGCAGGACGGCUUUGCAAAUGAGCCGAGAUCUCUCCAUCCAACUUCCCCGGCCCAACCAGAACGUGGUGAGAAGUCGAAGCAAGACUUACCCCAAGAGGGUAGCACAGACGCAGCCCGUGGGAUCGAACAGCAUCAAUCGGAUGACUGCAAACAUGGAAAACGGGGAGAAUGAAGGAACCACCAAGAUCAUUGCGCCCUCACCAGUGAAAAGUUUUAAAAAAGCAAAGAAUGAAAACAGUCCUGACCCCCAAAGAAGCAAAUCUCAUGCACCAUGGGAAGAAAACGGGCCCCAGAGUGGACUCUACAACUCCCCCAGUGACCGCACUAAGUCACCAAAGUUUCCCUGUACCCGGCAGCGCAACCUCUCCUGUGGCAGCGACAAUGACUCCUCGCAGCCAAUGAGGCGAAGGAAGGCUCACCACAGUGGGGAAGACUCAGAUCUAAAGCAACGGAGGCGGUCGCGCUCACGCUGUAACACGAGCAGUGGUAGUGAGUCAGAAAAUUCUAACAGAGAACACCGGAAAAAGAGAAACAGAAUACGGCAGGAGAAUGACAUGGUUGAUUCGGCGCCUCAGUGGGAAGCCGUGUUAAGGAGACAGAAGGAGAAAAACCAAGUGGAUCCUAACAACCGGAGAUCCAGGCACAGAUCUCGCUCGAGAAGUCCUGAUAUCCAAGCAAAAGAAGAACUGUGGAAGCAUAUCCAGAAGGAGCUUGUGGACCCAUCCGGGUUGUCAGAGGAGCAGUUGAAAGAGAUCCCAUACACUAAAGUGGAGACUCAGGGUGACCCUGUCCGCAUCAGGCAUUCGCAUUCCCCGAGGAGUUACCGGCAGUACCGCAGAUCCCAGUGCUCAGACGGAGAGCGAUCCGUUCUCUCGGAAGUGAACUCAAAGACAGAUCUUGUACCACCACUUCCAGUCACCCGUUCCUCAGAUGCUCAGGGGUCUGGAGGCUCUACAGUUCAUCAGAGAAGAAAUGGGUCUAAAGACAGCCUGAUUGAAGAAAAAUCUCAGCUUUCUACAACCAAUCUGACUGGAAAACAUACAGCAAAAACAAUAAAAACCAUCCAGGCUGCUCGGCUCAAGACAGACGUGACUGGGUGAAGGGGUGUAGGGAAAUGUGUCACUGGUACUUUUCAAACUGUGAAUUAGAUAAUUACCCAUGUAUCUUGGACUUGUGUCCUUAGCACAAGAAAAUUGGCAUCUUUUAAGGAUUUAUGUACAACAUUCUUGUGCUGUGGGCCUUUGGAAGGACAACCUUAUGAACUCACUGGAUACCACCAUCUCUUUCCUGAAAUUCUGACCAUCCAACUGUGUUUCUCAUCUCCCCACCACAGCCAAGACCAGAGGCUUCGGAUGAGCCCCUGGACUCCCAGCUGCCAUCAGACUGUAGUGACUUUUAUUCCCACAACUGUUUGUAUUAUUGUAUUUUGUGACAUUUAAGUCCCAAUGGUUAUUUACAAAUAAUGUAAAAAGCUGUUAAGUGUUGAUUUGAA